CCCGGACCCCCGGCCUGAGGCGGCGGCGGAGGGGAGGAGGGCGGGGAGGAGGGCAGGCCCGCCCGCCAGGAGAAUGCCCGGCCCCGGCGCGGACUUAAAGAAAUAUGCAUUGUUACAAUUUUGAUUUGGAAUUGAUGAAGUGGAAAUACAGAUGAAACCAGUUCUCAGGAUAUCGGCCCCAGGGCACGGCCCAGCUCUUUGACUGAAGAAGACAAGUUGGAAUAAUCGUUACUUCAACUGGCUUCCAACUCUACUAUCAUUAUCGGCAUAAAAGCUGCCAACCAGCAGGGCAAGCUGCCAAGGGCGACACUGCGCAGGAAGGAGAUCAAUGUGAACAAUGAUUUUUCUGCAAGUUUGCAUCAGGUUGCUGGGGUUGUGCGCCUUCGUUUUUUCUCAAGUCCCAGGGCCUCUAGAUAGUGUGCUCCAUGGGACAGGCAUGAAAACGGAUCCCAGUCAGAAGAAGCAGGAGGAUGGCGUAACCGUCGCUCCAGAGGACACGCUGCCCUUUCUGGAGUGCUACUGCUCGGGGCACUGUCCAGAAGGUGCUAUUAAUAAUACGUGCAAAACUAAUGGACAUUGCUUUGCUAUCAUUGAAGAAGAUGAAAAUGGAGAAACUACUCUUGCUUCGGGCUGCAUGAAGUAUGAAGGUUCAGACUUUCAGUGCAAGGAUUCUCGAAAAGCACAGCUACGGCGGACAAUUGAAUGCUGUCGGACUGAUUUCUGCAAUCGAGAUUUGCAGCCCACUUUGCCUCCGCCUAGUCCAGAUGGUCUCUUUGAUGGCAGCACUCGCUGGAUAGCUGUUCUCAUUUCGAUGGCAGUCUGCAUAAUAGUUAUGAUCAUCUUGUUUAGCUGUUUCUGCUACAGGCAUUAUUGCAAGUGGGUUGCAAAAAGACGAUGUUACAACCGUGAUCUGGAGCAGGAUGAAGCUUUUAUUCCUGUUGGGGAGUCCAUAAAGGAUCUUAUUGACCAGUCACAGAGCUCAGGCAGCGGCUCAGGCCUUCCUUUGUUGGUCCAGCGUACUAUCGCCAAACAAAUUCAGAUGGUGCGACAAGUUGGGAAAGGGCGAUACGGUGAAGUGUGGAUGGGGAAGUGGCGGGGUGAGAAAGUGGCCGUGAAAGUGUUUUUCACCACUGAGGAAGCCAGCUGGUUUCGAGAAACCGAGAUUUACCAGACAGUUCUCAUGCGCCAUGAAAAUAUACUUGGUUUUAUAGCAGCAGAUAUUAAAGGCACAGGCUCCUGGACCCAACUGUACUUGAUUACAGAUUAUCAUGAAAAUGGAUCAUUGUAUGAUUUCCUGAAAAGUACAACUCUUGACAACAGAGCUCUGCUCAAAUUGGCUUAUUCUGCAGCAUGUGGUCUGUGCCAUUUGCACACAGAGAUCUAUGGGACGCAAGGGAAGCCUGCCAUUGCACACAGAGAUCUGAAGAGUAAAAACAUCUUGAUAAAGAGAAAUGGGACCUGCUGCAUUGCUGACUUGGGCCUGGCUGUCAAAUUUAACAGUGAUACAAAUGAAGUGGAUGUCCCUUUAAAUACAAGAGUGGGAACAAAACGGUACAUGGCACCAGAAGUCCUAGAUGAAACUCUGAAUAAAAAUCAUUUCCAGCCAUAUAUCAUGGCUGAUAUCUAUAGCUUUGGUUUGAUCAUUUGGGAAAUGGCUCGGCGUUGUGUCACAGGAGGCAUUGUUGAAGAGUACCAGUUACCAUAUUAUGAUAUGGUGCCAAACGACCCUUCGUAUGAAGAUAUGAGAGAGGUGGUGUGUGUGAAGCAUCUGCGCCCAGUAGUGUCUAAUCGAUGGAAUGGCGAUGAGUGUUUAAGAGCAAUACUGAAGUUAAUGUGUGAAUGCUGGGCCCACAAUCCAGCCUCUAGACUCACAGCUUUGAGGAUUAAGAAGACGCUGGGCAAGAUGGUAGAAUCGCAAGAUGUCAAGAUUUGACUAAUGAUGGUUACUGAGGAGUGAAGUUUGGACUUCUAGAGCUUGUCACUCAAGCAAGUAUAGAGUCUGGUGGGGAAGAGGGGGACGGGCACCUGCGUUUCAGCCCAGUUCCUCACCAUGCUCCUACAGGCUGCUAGCAUUAAAUCGUACAGUACUUUGUAGAAUAUGGUAUCCACGUACACUAUAUGGUACACACGUGUGGCCAGCCUCAUUUUACUUUUUGUUCUAAGCUUCAUUGAGAUUUUCAUCACACUUUCAAACUCCCACAGGACUUGAGUGUACUGAAUUGCUCAUUCAGAUGUAUAGUGCUUUCUGUGAAAGCCUUAAGUUAAACGAAUUCAACAGUAAUGGAAAAAUAAGCUUUUUGCCUUCUACCUGAUAUCUUACCAAGUCUUGGUGAAAUAGUCUGCGGUUAUCAGUCAAGGGUACUAUGUAAUUUGACAAUUCCUUAUGCCAUUUAUGGUUUUGUGUGUGUGUGCCAGGAUUUUUCUACUGCCAUUUGGAGUACGCCAGAAGCCAUUUGAGUUCAUGCAAAGCUAUCAUUUUCUUGUGCAGUGUUUUGCAACAAGAGCAUGAAACCUAUUUGGAUUUCAAAGAGAAUUCUUUUUCACGCUUUUUUUUUUGCUACAUAGAGGGGGGAAAACCUGUUUCAUAACCAAAAGUCAGUGGCUACUACAAACUGUGUAGUAAGUCACUUUCAAGUCUGGCAUGAAAAGCCAACCCUGACUCAGUUCAUAUUCCUAGUGGUAUGUAUUUUUUGAAGACUGAACAUACGACCUGGAACACUUAAACCUCCCAAUAAUUUAAGUGCCUGUAAUCUUGUACUGUAACCUGUACCCUAGCUUGCUUUAAAAAGGGAAGUUAUUUAUAUAGUGUUUAAUGUACUUUUAUUUGCUAAGUAUUUGCUCUUUGUAUUUGUGCAAAAUAUACUAUAUGUGGAUCUGAAAUGAACGACAUCAGAAACCGUCACGUCCAGGUUUGAUCAAAAACAUACAUACAGAAUAUGACAAAUAGAAAUGUUGGAUUGUCUGUCAGAUAUGUGCCCGGAUACUACAAAUGUGUUUAAAUUUCUCUUUCAGAGGCAUUCAGUCAGAAACGUAAUAUAGUACAAGUGUGAACUCAAAUACAUAUUAAAUGUGGGGUUUUGUGUUUUUAAUUUUGCUGUGUAGGUUGCAAAAUGCCAAUGGUCAGGCAAGCUAAUGCAGUAUUUCUUUUUAACUUAUAUCUUGGUGUAGAGAUUUUAUUUAACAUUUCCUUAAGACAUUGCUUUUUCAGUAAUGCUUUUUUAGUUACUAGUACAUGUUCAGCUGAGCAAUUCAUGAGUACGUAAGCUAUGAAUUAAUUUAUUUUGAAAUUGCAACUUAUGAACAAAUAUUGUGCCACAGAUCCCAAGCAAAAAGGAUUAUAUUUUUCCGUCCGUUGCCAAGAAAGCUGGUAUCAAAAUUUUGUUUUAUACAGGCAGCUGAUAGAAAUUUGGUACAACCCUCCUCCUAAUUAUUAGACCAGUGGGUUUCAGCCUUCAGAGAGCUGUUUUCACUUCCACUCACCUACUGAGGAACACCUUCGAGUCUGCCAUGGAAUUCCUGAGCGUGGCUGAGGACUCGGGAGAUGGAGGCGUGGUCUAGGAGAUAUGCUCAGUGUACACGGAGCACUGGCCAGAGCUUGUUGAGCCCCGGUGCGUCACCUUUUGUGAGAUGAGAGCACAUCCUAGAACAUAACCCAUUCUUCUGCUGAUGUAGGGAAGGUUGGUGGGAGCUUUUGUGUCCCCUUGCCUGCUCCUCUGAUUUGGGACCCCAGGGUUCCCCAGAACACAGACGGAAAGCCUCAGGUCUCGGCUAAGGCCCUUUGUCCAAGUUUUCCCCCCACCCUAGAAAAUGUGGUGAGGUAUAUUUUUUUUCCAUCUUCCCAGCCAGAAUGUCUGUAUACUUAUUUAAGUGCCAUGAGAUGUUUGGUAGCUUUAUUAACAUAAUGUGCUGAAAUUUAUGAGACUUCAGAAGCACUCCAACAAGUGGCAAUACCGGAUCAGAGCCAUCAGGCCUGGAAUCAGCAUCUGCUCUGUUUUUCAUUGUCCCCAGGGGGGCUAUAAGAUACCUUUGGGAUUUUCCCCCUCCCUAAGAGAUAUCUUGUGAUAUGUGAAUGGCCCAUAUUUCAGCACAUUCUGCAUUCUGCAGUAAGGAAAAACAUAACUGUUUUUAUCACCUUCUUUAAAGCUAUGCAAAUUAGAAUGUCUUUUCUUGAAAAAUCUUGAAAUUCAAAUAUUUUUCAUUCUUUGUCAGAAAUUUUGUACAAAUAACAUCACGGCUUUUACUCUUGUUUCUGGUUCAGCUGCGCCUGUUGCUGAACUGUUGCUGUUAAAUAGAUCGUGACAUUCAGGUUCAGAAGUUUACUGCAGCGUGGUCACAUAUCCCUCACACCAACCUCCAGGAACUUGACAGUGAUUUAUCCUUGGUCCUUCUGAGCCAAGCUCAGGAAAAAAUAGUUUCUUACCCACCUUCUCCAUGCUACUGACUAGUCUGUAUGCAGUCAGCCAUCUCUUCAUGGCUUCAGUUUUAUCUAAUUCCUCAAGUGUAUAGACGCCUCCCAUCUGUAUUUUGUCUUUUGAAGUAUUACCUUUAUAACAUCUCUGCAGAUCGGACAUGAUGCCCAAGUGCCCUGGCUGUUUCUCCAGCUCACAAUCAUCGUGCCGGUGGUCAUGGUUGUAAAAAUGUGCAGAUAAUUCAUAAUUGUGCAUAAGAGGGGGGCACAGGUGAUAGGAGGAUGCAGAUUGCCAAGCCACCCUGCAGAGAAGCUCCCCCGGUGUAGUUUCAUCCGUGCCAUCCGCCCAGACGUUCUGGGUGCGGUUCUGCCAAAAGCACGUUACAGUCAUAGGUUGAGUGGCAGCCCUCAGCACAGCACGAUGGAGUUAGAAAGGUGGUUGCAGUUUUUUCAGCUUUUUGUCCACAGAUUUCUGAAGUUUUCCCUACCCCUGAAAAAUUCGGGACUUUCCAUUCUGAUGUGUGGUUGUGUCAUGGUUUGUUUAUUAGAAGUGGUUUUGGUAUGUAUUUUUCAUUUUUUUUUAAACAAAAGCCUGUCCGCCAGUGUCUUCCACUGUAUAUCACACAUGAACAGUAAGUGAAGUUUGUGCCUUGAAAACUAUGCUUUCAAGAAUGCUUUCCCCUGAAGUAAAGAAUGUGUACCUUGAAGCUUUGGUAAAUUACUCGGAGGAACCUGCUUUGACAGCUGCUCUAGUUAUUCUUGAGAAUGCUUCUCAGCAGUCCCUCUUUCAUUAUAAAAAGCAUUGCAGGACAUUUGUGCCGUUUGAAAGCAAACCCGUAUGCUUGAGGUGUGUGACGACAAGGUAUGUUUCACACGGAUGAGAAUACAGGCAAACAUCCAUUUAGAAUGUUAUUUGCUUACACUGAGAUGUUACUAAAAGUCGGUCACAUUAGUUGAGGUUGGCCCGUUUGCAUUUUUUUGUGUGUGCCAACCUAGGGAGUAACUUCACCUAAAAUGUCUUAUCAGCCAAGAAUGUAUACUGAUUUUGAUGUAUCACACUUCCAAAGGUGCCAUGUUUUUGUUAAGAAAAGAGCCUUAUGAAUCUUGUUCUUCUGGGUAAAAAAAAGCUUUUGUGGCACCAGUAAGAACAGUACUAUCUAGUAGCUUUAUACACCAUUAAACGCCUCUGUAAAUAGCUGCCUCCUUUGAGUGGCUGAGGUUUCCUGCUCCUUGGUAUAACAUCUUCCUAGUCCAAGAGUGAACUUCCUCAUGAAUCCACAAAAUGUCACUUCGUCAGUCUCUGCCACUGUUGUGCUCAAUUUCCCAUGUUUGUCUUUUUAACUCUUCACAGCCUUUUGGUACUCCCCCCCCCCCAGCCAUCUCAGCUGGAAGCAUCGUGUCUUGGUGGUCCCUGGUGCUACUCGGGCUGCGUUUGCACUGCGUUGCAUAGUACACGGAAGACAGACACCGUUAUUUUCCCUGCAACCACGAGUACCUUUGUGGUUGAAAAAAAAGAGAAUACAAGGAAAUUAUAAUACAAAAUACAAUGCCAAAAUACAGCGGCAACCAGGGACUAACAGACAAUGUUACCUGAUUGCAAGGUCUGAAAGCCAAACUGAUUAUUUUCACAUGGAGUACUAAAUUCAGGAUUCACUCUGUAACUGUUACUCCUAGUUGAGUAUGGAAGGACUUCCAGUGAACAGUUUUAAAUAAAAUCAUUAGUUAUAUUUUGAGCAUUUUUCUAGCCUGGUCGUUCCAUCCCAAGCUAGCCUAAGCUAGAAUCUGUAUUCUUUUCAUCUGAUUAAAGCUCUUUUGAUCAAAUGUCUUGAAUAGUCACAAACCCCCUUCAAAUAAAUAUGUAUAUUUAAUACUAAAACAAUUUUAAAAAAUUAGCAACAGCAAAUGUAAUAUUAGGAGACCUAUAAAAGGAGUGAGAUUAGCUUAUACUGAGGUAAAAAACAAGUCCAAAUAGCGUGUUAAAUACCAAUUUCUAAGAGUCACGUACAAAGGACAUUCUAAUAAAAUAGUCCCCUACGUACCUGUCUUCCCUAAAGAACAGUCACACAAAUGCUCUCAAAAAGGAAUCCUCGUUCACCUGCCACUCAUAACAGGGGCGGGCUGCGUGUUUGAUCAAGAGAGUAAAAAAACACCCUCUACAAUAAUGCAAGUAGCAAGCAAAGGAAGGCAGUCAGCUAGGCAGAGGGAUUCCAAAAAACAAGCAAGAACAAACUCUGUGGGCACAAAAACGUGUACUCGGUUCAUCUCCUGGAUACGUUUCCUAGUAACAGAAUUUACAGCUGUAGGUCUAACACUGCAAUCCUAAGAAGAGUUACUCCAGUCUAAGCUCAUUGAUUUCAGUGGGCUUGGACUGGAGUAACUCUCUUUAGGAUUGCACUUGUAAGUCCCUUAAUAACAUCAGGGCUUAAACCAAUAAGAGGAGUUUUGAGUCAAAAAUCUUAAGCCAGGAGUAUUUAAAAAAACUACUUUAAUCAAAGCUAAAUAUCCAGAAUCACUAAAGAACGCUUCAGAAAAAAUGAAGGCCCAUUAGCCAGGAUCUAAUUGACCAAUUUUGUUCAUAAAGACACUGCAGCGACACAUUUAGGAACAUCAGUGAAUUCAUUUACUAAUUGAAUACAAAUAGCCAUCCCAAAGAGCAAAAUAGGAAUAAUUUUCAAAUUAAAAACCUGAAUCACCCCAAGAAUAUAAUACCACCACCACCCAAUGAUACCUAAAUAAUCAUAAUAAUAUGCCAUCAAUGUAAGGUCUGGCCUUCUUCAGCAUAGCCUUCUGAUGAAGCGACCUGUUCUGAUCGUGAGAAAGAAGUAUCCCUCUUUUAACUCGUUGAAUUUGACGUCCAUAAACAGACCAUUGGUGUACAGAAAGAUUCCUUUUCUUACAAAAUAACAAUACUUUGCAUGUACUAUUCAGAAUGGCAAUAAUUAGCAAAAGUGUUUAGUAACUUCUGAAGCUCAGUGCCAGAAUGAGGCAACAAAACCUCGUCGUCUGCAUAUAAUUAGAGUGGAAUCUCUUUAAAUAAACAAGGAGGAGGCAGUUUUUACCAAGAGAAGCAGACUAAUAAUUCAAAUGUAGAUUAAACAAAAAAGAGGUUAAUAAACAUUUUUGCUGAGCUCCCUUGUCAAUUUGGGGAGCUUUUAGACAAGCUACCCUUCAUGUGGCAGUGGACCGGAGCGCUCUGGCUGCACGAGGGUUUUUAACCAACCGCAAUAACCACCUAUCCAUAGUAGAUUUCCUUAAUUUAUUCAGAAGUCCGGUUCUAGGAAUUCUAUCAAAAGUUGUCUGAGAUCCAUAAAUCUUGCAUAAAGAACACCUUGGGCAGAAGGAGAUAAUAUUUCUCACCUAGAUGAAAGAGAAUCAAACAGUGGUCCAAAGUGAAGCAUCCUCUUCUGAAACCAGUUUGUUCCCGCCCUAAAAUAUAAGUAGACUCCAUCUAUUCCAACAAAAAAAUUAACAACAAAUGAGAAUAUGGUUUUCCUAAACAAGAAAGCCGGCUAGUUGAGUGGUAACAUGCUGUAUCGGAGCAAGUUGCUUUUUUUGAUUAUAGAAACUAACGGUCUGCUUCCGAGAAUACGGAAUGAGGCCAGAGGAAUUAAUCAUACUAAAGACAAUCUCCAGCGUGAACCUCCCAACACCAUGACGCGUCUCCAAAACCCACCUGCAGAAGCCGGUCUUUCCUCACCUUCCCUUUCCUCCAGCAGCCUCGCGUGACCUCCACAAAGGCCAUUACAGUGGAAGGUCUUCUCUUAUGGAAGACCUUCUUCCAUGGAAGACUCUUAUGGAAGACUCUUCUCUUACGGAAGUUUCCGUGAAAGGUCUUCUGUGGUAACAAAAGUGCUCCUGUGCAACUCCCGUUCAGCCUAGGCGUGCACCAAAAUUCCUGCUGGAUCGUUCCCGAAAGAAAGAUGCCUUGGGUUGUGACUCAGUUCAGAUGUAUUAUGAAACAGUGCUCAACUCUUCUUUGAGAAAUUAUCUCACUGAAGUCCUGCCUUCUCGUGUAGUGCCCCUGAAUGCAAUAUAGAAGCUCACGUGCUGUGUUCAUGUUUUGUGCCCUGACUUCAUUUGUGCCCCAAUAUAAAAAUGUACUAUAUUGUAUACACAGAGAAUAAUGUAGCUAAUCUAUAGAAGAUGUAAAUAAAAAGGGUGAAAUAAGCAGUAUGAUUAUAUUCUUUGUUUGUUAUAUAUGCCAGAAGUGUAGAAUGUUUUAAAUGUUAACAGGCUAAAUGUCUUUUUUUGUACAGCAUCUGGUUAAAAAGGUGCCUUAAGUUUAUCAUGAAUUGCUUUGUUCUGUACACAAAUUUAUGUCAAUGUAUCAUUUUAAGUAAAUAAUCUUAUUUUAGUAAACAUUA